AUGGACUCUAAGAAAUUGCUCACGCUAAGCAAAGACCAGCUCGAGCAACUCUUCGCAUCCAGCCCAGCCGGUCCGAUCCCUAACGGCGAAGCGAACGGCACAGCCAUCAUCGCGCCCGGAACACCAUGGACGCCCGAGAUCGCCGAGUUUAUCAACGUCUUUGCAUGGCAGGGGAAGAUCUUCGAUGCGAAGAAGGAAGCCUUGGUGAAUCGAAUCACAGCAUUCGGGGUCGAUGCAAUCAUCGCAAAAGUGUUCAAGGGUGAGAGUUGGGUUGACGGAAAGGAGUGUAUUGUCCUCGACUAUAGCCAGACGAGCUUUGUGGCUCAUUGGGUGAGGGACGAGAUUCGGUUCAUUGGGGAGGGGUUGUAUUUGGGUACUGUGUUCUGGGGCAAGGAGAGGCUCAUCUUCUUCGCGCUGCAGUUCUGA